GGGCGGAGAGUUUCCAUAAAGCACCAGAGAACAACUACUUUACAACAUCUUAUUCUCUCGUGUUUGUAGAAGUUUCUGUGCAUUUUGAGGAGCACACAGAUAUGGUGGUGCUGAGGUUGGUCGUGCUACUGCAGGGGCUGCUUCUCGCAGCACGAUGUGAGGUCAGAGCCAGAGACCCAGAGGUAGAAGACGACGAUGAGCUGAAGGACAUGUCUGAUGGUCGUGGAUGGGACCAUAGAGUUCCACUGGUUGGGUUAGGAGCACCUCAUCAUGGUCAAGGACUAAACAGGCAGAGCCCUGAUGUCUAUGCAUCUGUCCACCAUCCAGUUGGUCAUGGACACCAUGAUCCCACUCAUGGACAUCUUUCUCCAGACAUGCCCAAGGGAACAGUGGACCCAUCCAUUGCAACUAAGACCAAGGACUCUUUACCUCGCACUGGGAAUUGGUGUGCGUUUGUUCACAAGCAUGCUGUUACUGUGGCAGUAUCCUGUGGAACUGAGAAGUACAUCAUUAAGUACCUGAGCCCCUGUCCUAACGGCAUCCCCGACUGCCAGCUAGUCAUGUACAAGCUGUCCACUCGGCCAGUGUACAGGCAGAAGGAGAAAAUCUACUCUUCACUGCAGUGGCGAUGCUGCCCUGGGCAUGCUGGGGAAAACUGUGAGGAGACAGUCACAGACGGCCAUGUCUCUGAAUCUGAAGACCCCACUGUGGCAGACACUGAACAUCCGGGGAGACAUGAAGCAACAGACAUAGGAUAUAACAAACUAACUCAGGAGAACAGAGAGCAGAGUGAUUACCAAAUGUUUGGCGGUCCACUCUAUGAAACUCAACAAUCUGAUGUAGAGAAUCAAACUGCAGCAGAGCCCAUCGAUUACUAUGAGCACAGCCAUCAUUCUGUCCGUGAACGGCGUAACAAUCAACACUUUGAGAGGAGAGAUCCUCAUGCUGUAAAUGAAGGUGUUCCUCACCCUGAAGUACCUUCUCAUCACCAUGGGCUCCUACAAAUUUUGAAAGAGGCUGUGAUGUCUCAGCUACAACCUGUGUUGGAGAAUUUCAAUCUAACCCUGGAACGGCUUUUUCAGGAGGUGCAGGGUUUGCAGCGGGACAUGGACCAACUUCGACAUGAUCAGGGGCGGGCCGCGGAGCCUCUAGAGGUUGGUGGUGAGGAGCACAAUCCACAGGAGGCUGUUGAGGCAGAGUUGAGGGAGAGUUUCCAGAAGCUGGAGGAGGCAAAAGCUCAGUUUCGCGACUACCGCAAUGAGAUAGAAGCAAGGCUCCACGCACAGCAAACCAUGCUGCACUACAAUCUGACCAAUUUCAAGACAGCCAUGGAUGUCAAAAUUAAGCGUAACCAGAAGAUGAUACAGGUGAAUCUCCACUCUCUGAACACAUCGAUGUCAGAAGUGCAGCAGGAGCAAGAGAGGCUGGACAAGGAACUACAGAAGAUUUGCAACGAAAAGACCGAUCCUGCACAGAGUCAGUCUUAUGAGAGCGCAGCUGUUUGGGAGGCCAUCACACGUCUGGACAACAAAGUCAUCAACAACACAGUGAGACUUAGUGGCUUGACUGAAGGCCAAGAACAAGUGACUGAAAACAUUAAGGACCUCCAGAAUGGUUGGGGAGAUCUGGAUGAGAAAAUAGUCCAGACUGGCCUCAAAAGCCAGGUUCAGUUCAUGGAGACAGUUUUAGAGGUGGAGGCAGCCAAGGUAGCAGUUCUUGACCGCAUUAAUGAGCUGAGCAGCAACAUCAGUGUUCUCCAGACCACUAUGCAGGAGAUGGAGUCUGAUGUCGACCAUCUCUUUACAGUGUUCCACAAGAAUAUAAGUUCAGCAAGUGGGGAUUGUGACUGUGCCGCUCUUGGAGUAUCUGUGACCGAACUGGAACAAACUGUAGCUAACGUGAUGGAGAUAGCGAAUGAAAAUAAGUUGGCCCGUGAGAGUGAGGCACAGGAGAUGUUGGACAAUGGUGCUUGGAUUCCAUCUGUGGAAGAUUUGAAACUAGGGUUACUAAAUGUGCAAAAGUCCCUUGCAUUUGAACAGGAAAAGAGCAGAAUGUUACAGCACAAUGUGACCCAGCUCCAAGCCUCUCUGCUAGGCAGCCAGCAGGACAUCGAAACACUCCAGGAGCAGAACAGGACCGAAGUCAAGAAAAUCCAGCAAUUAGAUAGCGUUUUCAAAACCUUGCUUGAGGACACUAUUCGUCACUCGGAGGUACUGGAGUUUUUGCUGGAGGAAGAUGUGUUGGAGUUUAUAGCAUUAUCUAGUGAGGACAAAAGAAGUUUCUCUGUUCCAGAAUUGAGGAAAAGCAUCAGAGAUAUGCAAGAGCAGAUCAAUGGACACAGUCGCAGCUUGGCCUCAAUGCUGAACUCUGCUACCACCCAGGUGGCGGCAGCAGAUGAGCCCUCAGUGCUUCCAGACUGGGUCUCGGUGGGCACCAAAAGGAGACAUGGGGAAGAAAGGUUCGUCUUGUCCGAGGAACUGCCAGAGUACUCUGAUAAUGACUUCUGGACUUUAGAGAAAAUGGUGAAAGAACUUGGAGCUCACAUUAAACAGCUCGAGGUAAAUCGCUGUUCUUCUUGUUGCAACUGUACUAAAACGUCUGCCUCUGGUGGUGUGGAGGGGAAAUUGCAGUCCAAUGUGGAUGCUUUGCGGAAGGACCUGGAGACCCAUCUUGGAGUUUUUAACAGCAUUUUCAGUAAUACAGAGGGACUUACUGGCUCUGAGCUGUCUGUGGAUUUGAAUAAAUUGUCAGCAUUGAUGAAGAGAAAGGAAGCAAAACAACAGAACAGGAGACAAAAGAAGAGAGCAGAUAACAGAGCUGUCCAGACAGGAGAACGAAUGAAUUACCGCAGCAGGAGGGAUGCAUCACUGGAGUCCGCAGUGCUUCGUCAGCUCCCGGAUAGUCCAACUAUGUUCCUGGCCAGCACUGCUGAAGGUACUAAUGGAUCUGGCACUAUACUUUUUGAAAGUGUGACCCUAAAUCAUGGACACUUAUACUCGCCAAAAACAGGCAUAUUUCGUGCUCCUACUUCUGGUGUUUACCUCUUUGUGGUGACACUGGACUUUGGACCAGGCCCAUCUCUGGCUCAGUUAAAGAGAGGUGGAGCGGUAGCUGCAUCCUUGCGGCAGAACCCGAGGAAGUUGGGUGCACCUGCAACACGUGUCUGUAUCCUGCAGAUGGAGCAAGGAGAGGAACUCCGUCUAGAGCUGCUUCAGGGAACUAUAGAACUCAACAACCCACAAGAUAACACGUUUGCAGGUCUACUAAUGCUGCAGACCACCUGAGAACAUGCUACAAUCUAAAGGUGCUAGAAGAUGGUAGGAUUACAAAAUAGAAAAGAAAAAAAAAAUAAUCACUUUUAUUUUUUUGCAAUGCCAACCACUUUCUCUUUCAGGACAAAGUAACAGCUUAUGUUAUUAGUAACUGUGAUGGGUUAUUGUUUUCAAGGAGUAAGGUUUAGAUGAUGUGUCCCUAUGUGGUGGACUAAAAAAAGUCUUGAAUUUGGCUUCAAUGUGACAACUACAUGAUAUUCCAGAAGAGAAACAACACUCGCCAAAAAACAAAAAAACAAAAAAUAUAUUUUUAAAAGAUAACAUGAACAAAUAUUGUAUGAGUAUGAGGCCUAGUCAUAACCCUUUCAAAAUGAGGCUGAUUAAACUUUUUUUUUUUUUUUCCAAAUUAGACAGGUUGUUUAAUAUAUUACAUAGAGAUGGACUGGUGAUACUAUGGGAGAGCACAUCAAAUACAGGCUUAUAUAUAGUAUGGUAAAACAUGUCCUUGAAACAUUCAUCACAACUCAGAUUACAGUUAAGAGGUUUAUUCUCAGUUUUUGGAUGAAGAACAGAAGCCAUGGGGGAUGGAUGCAAGAUUUAGUAUUUGGGAAAAUGCAGACAAAAUUAUUGAAAAGAAAAAGAUGAGAUUCUUUAACAGGUAAAUGCUCCUCAAAAAAAUUGGAAUAGCCAAAACAUGAAUCCCCCCUUUUUUUUUUUUUUACUGCAAUCCAAAACUAACUUAAUGAUCAGUUCGAAAAUCCCUUUUAACCACAAAAAACAUUCGAUAUAGAUGAUCAAUUUCACCAAUUCAAUUUCCAGAUUUCUUUUAUAAUAAGAGCAACAAAUGUAUACAAAUAUAUUUUCAUAUACAGCAAAUCUAGUGUUUCUUUGUGCUGUUUGCAGAAGUUAUCCACUGAGACAAUGCUUCCUUUAACAUAUCUAUUAUUUAUUUUCCGAAUAUUUUAAAUACUUUUGAAAGCAUGUGUGUAACCUUGGCAUAUUGUUUUAAUCAAGAUGCCCUUUUGGCAUUUCAGGUCAUACUGUUCUGGAUGUUUUGUGACAAAGCACCUUAUUCUGGCACUGAUAAUAUCAAAGCAUUGUAUAUUCACUGUUCCUGUCUUUAAGGGUCCAGAUACUGGUGUAAAGAACUAUUGUGAAUUGUUUUCUUUCUUGUUUACAUAUUACAUUGGUCUUUUCAAUGGCACUGAGAAUAAUAAACAAGUAUUCUAA